AUGUUCGAAGAUAGUGUGAAAAGGCUUAAGAUCCCGAAAUCAUUACCAUAUCAAACUUUAACAAAAUCCCAAAUCGAUUCAUCUCUCGAAUUAUUAGCAGAUUGGGUGUAUGAAAAUUGUGGGUCUGUUCCAUUUUCAAGUUUGGAGCACCCAAAAUUCAAUAGUUUCUUGAACCAAAUCGGAUUACCAGCGGUGACCCGGAGUGACUUCGCCGGAGAACGACUCGAUUCCAAGUACAAAGAGGCAAAACGAGAAUCCGAAGCUCGAAUUCGCGACGCCAUGUUCUUCCAAAUCUCAUCAGAUGGGUGGAAAUCAAAUAGUAAUAAUCAUCAUCCAGGUGGUUACGUUUUCCCAAAAUAUGCUGAAGAUGUUUUAAUGGAAACAAUUAGUGAAAUUUGUGGCAACAAUUUGCAACAAUGUGUAGGGAUUGUUUCUGAUAAAAUCAAGUCUACAGUUUUAAGAAAUCUCGAAAGCCAACAUCAUUGGAUGAUCAACAUCUGUUGCCAAUUUCAAGAAGUUUAUGGUUUGAUUAAACUGAAUACUAAUAGUUUGUCUAUGAAAUUUUGUAUACAAAGAAAGAGGCUCUUAAAACUGCAGCCACUUCACCUUCUCUUCCAAGAAGUUUAG